GUGAGUGAGUGGGUGGGAUUAUAAUCCGCAGGUGACUGGAGAGUGAACCAUUGUAAUAGACUAGUUAAUUUGAGUGCAAAAAAUGUUGCAAAAAAUAACUAAUUUUACUGUGAGGGACGUGAGAUUUCCUACGUCUUUGGAGCAGCACGGCUCAGAUGCGAUGCACACGGACCCGGAUUACUCGGCCGCCUACGUGGUUCUGGACACGGACAGUGGGCUGAAGGGCUUCGGGCUCACUUUCACUUUAGGAAAAGGAACUGAGAUCGUGGUGCGUGCCGUCCAGGCUCUAGCAGGACUGGUUGUUGGGAAAUCUUUGCACGACAUUGUGAGCAACUUUCGGGACUUUUACCGGCUGCUGACCAGUGACGGCCAAAUGAGAUGGCUGGGUCCAGAGAAAGGAGUGAUCCACUUGGCCACCGCUGCCGUCCUGAAUGCUGUUUGGGACCUGUGGGCUCGGGUGGAGGGCAAGCCUCUGUGGAAGCUGCUGGUCGACAUGGAUCCGAAACAGGUCGUCUCCUGCAUUGACUUCAGAUACAUCACCGAUGUCCUGACAGAGGAGGAAGCUCUUGGCAUACUUGUGAAUGCAAAGGAGGGAAAGCAGCAGAGAGAGGACCUUAUGAUGAGCCAGGGUUAUCCUGCCUACACCACCUCCUGUGCGUGGCUGGGAUACUCAGACCAACAGCUCAAACAGCUUUGCGCGGAUGCUCUUCAAAACGGCUGGACCCGCUUUAAGGUGAAAGUUGGCGCUGACCUAGAGGACGAUAUCCGGAGGUGUCGUCUCAUCAGGCAGAUGAUUGGGCCUAGCAACACGUUGAUGAUUGAUGCCAACCAGAGAUGGGACGUAGUCGAGGCCAUCAGCUGGGUGACCAAACUGGCGGAGGUCAAACCUCUGUGGAUCGAGGAGCCCACUUCUCCGGAUGACAUCCUGGGUCAUGCUGCUAUUUCUAAGGCUUUGGCUCCACUUGGGAUUGGAGUGGCUUCAGGCGAGCAGUGUCACAACAGGGUGAUGUUCAAGCAGUUCCUGCAGGCUUCGGCGCUGCAGUUUGUUCAAAUAGACAGCUGCCGGUUGGGCAGCGUCAAUGAAAACCUGGCUGUGCUGCUGAUGGCCCACAAGUUCAAAGUGCCUGUGUGUCCUCAUGCUGGAGGAGUCGGUCUGUGUGAACUGGUUCAGCACCUCAUCCUGUUUGAUUACAUCUGCGUGUCGGCGGAUCUCAGCGGCCGAAUGUGUGAAUAUGUCGACCAUCUCCACGAACACUUCACCAGUCCUGCGGUGAUACAAAACGCCCACUACCUGACCCCGAAGGAUCCAGGCUAUUCCUGUGAGAUGCUGGAGUCAUCAGUGAAGAGACACGAGUACCCGGAAGGAGACGUUUGGAAACUACAACUCAACAAAUAAGGACUUUAUUGUCAACAUUUCACUAU